AUUAGAUUGUUGGUUGCCCAUGGUCAUCUAUCUGCCAUGGUUCCUCCUGCUACACAAUGGAGAAGACAUAAAAUCCUCAAUUAAAAUUGAGAAAAGAGGGGGGAAAAAAGUUAAAGGACUUUUUGGUAAUUUAAAUAAAAUUAGAGUGCAAAGAGAGAUUUCCGUCGUGCAGAAAGCAAAACUGGUUAGUAAAACCCUCAAGAGCCCUGUCAUCUUUGCGGCCCAUAGCCAAUUCAUCCAACACGCUACUGGUUUGCUUAAUCAACCACGAAACCGACCCAGGUACACAAACGACGAACCCCAUGAAGUUCACAGACUCGCCGGUGAUCGAACUCCCGAUCCGAGGUUCUCUUCUCUCCCUCCAGCAAGACAACGGGUCCUUCCACGUUGGCACCUCAGUCUGGCCCUGUUCCCUUGUCCUCGUCAAGUUCGCCGAGCGGUGGGUCCCACGCGACCCCAAUCCCAAUCUUGAUACGAACCCUUAUUCUCAGCUUCUCGACUUCCGCGGUAAGCGCGCAGUGGAGCUUGGAGCCGGAUGCGGAGCCGCCGGCAUGGGACUCUACCUACUGGGCUUGAGGGACCUUGUCGUCACCGAUAUCGCGCCGGUCAUGCCCGCACUUAAACACAACCUCAAACGCAACAAGCCGGUACUUGGAAAAACACUGAAGCACCACGUUUUCUACUGGAACAAGCCCGAACAGAGUGAUGCCCUCCAACCUCCGUUCAACGUCGUGGUGGCCACCGAUGUGGUAUACAUUGAAGAGUCGGUGGGCCCACUGGUCUCCGCCAUGGAAGCGCUCUUGGCCGAAGAUGGCGUCGUUCUGCUGGGUUACCAGCUUCGGUCUCCGGAGGCACACAAACUGUUCUGGGAAAUGUCGGAGAGAGUGUUCGAAAUUCACAAGGUUCCGCACGAAGAUCUGCACCCGGAGUAUGCGUAUGAGGAAGCCGACGUUUACGUAUUCAAGAAGAAGAAGAAGGAGGAGGAGGAGAACCCAUGAAGGCACAUUCAGAUUUGUUCAGAACAACCGUGCUAGGUAGCAGUUUUCAAAUCCAAAUCCAAUAGGGGCUCCAAGUCAAUAACGGAAAGUGCCACCGAACUUUUCAUUGUCUUUUUUUGUUGGUUUUUCCGAGGCUGUUCAAAUCAUAAUUGUCAUUGUAUCAUGUCUCUGCAGUGGUGGAUAUCUUUGGUCAUUUGGUAGAUGCCAAAACUCCAUUCAUUCUAUCAACAGAAAUUUGACACUCAACUUGCUGCUCGACUUGGCUAUGCUUCUGUGGGAGACUUUGAAAAAAGGGAAAAUGCUUGUCAGCCUGACUCGUGAAAUACACUUGAUCUGUCACCAUUAGUUUUCUCCAUUCAGCAGGAUGUGGUACCCGCACUGCUUCAUGGCAAUGAGUGGUGUGUUAAAACUUGGACAGGGAAGUUGUCUUUGAAAGGUUUAUGAAACUAACACGACGACCCAUCAAAAAAAUAAAAUAAAACAUCGUGAACAAAAAUAUAUUGUCUGCAUGUGGACCAUUGCUAAAACAAGAGGCUAAUCUAGUGGGCCUAUGUAUAGCUUAAUUGACGAUACAACCUGGAAGAUGAAUCUCUCAAUGUAUAAACUUUUUCAAUCUUUGGACCUACUACUAAAAAUGGGGUCACUAAAAGCUUGCAAAUGCAUGCAUUUCUACCGAAUGUAAAGGCAUUUGGUAGUUGAAGUACCAUAACACAUCAAUACUUCUAUCUAGUUGUGGCUAUGGGGUCCUUUUUGAUUAUAAAGAUGAGUACAAACUUUACCAUA